GAAGCAAGAUGUCUUUUCAAAUGUUAUCGGUCUGGUGUCGAUACUCCUAUACUAUAUUUUGUUGAUAUAGAAAAUAAUGCAAUAUAUAUGGAAUUUAUCAAAGGAAAAACUCUCAAAGAUUUAAUUACUGAAAUUGGAGAGUGGUCUAGCAGUAAAAAUGAAG